CUCUCACGGGGAGAGGGGAGCCCCUCUCUCUCGGUCCCUGCGGUCCCUCGGGGCGCACAUCGCAGGGGAGGGUGAAGCGAGUUAAAGGUGUGUUCGCCGCAGCGUUUCUUCUGUUUUGAUGAGUGAGUCAUAUGACCAAGCUGGAAAGCCUCUUGGGCUGCUCUUGUGAUCGUGUUUCUGGAAUUGGUUUCUGAAGAGGUUGCGUGCGACGUGCUGGGAUUCUCUCUCUGCAGCACAGACUGGGGCUGUGGAAGGAAAGCAAGCGUCCAGCGACCCUGCAGCGUGCCACCCCGGGCAUGGACACCUUCUCCCGUGUCUGGAGGAGCACGGCUGGUAGUGCCAUCGCCGCGUCCCGGAACUGCUAAGGCCAUCUCAGGGGCGUGGGCGCCGGGAGAGGAGGGCGACACCCGAGGGCCGGAGCCAUGCCUUUCGGCCUGAAGCUCCGCCGGACACGGCGCUACAACGUCUUGAGCAAGAACUGCUUCGUCACCCGCAUCCGCCUGCUGGACAGCAAUGUCAUCGAGUGCACGCUGUCGGUGGAAAGCACCGGGCAGGAGUGCCUGGAGGCUGUGGCCCAGAGGCUGGAGCUGCGGGAGACGCACUACUUUGGCCUCUGGUUUCUCAGCAAGAGCCAGCAGGCACGAUGGGUGGAGCUGGAGAAACCGCUGAAGAAACAUCUGGACAAAUUCGCUAAUGAGCCUCUGCUUUUCUUCGGAGUCAUGUUCUACGUGCCAAAUGUGUCAUGGCUGCAGCAGGAGGCCACGAGGUAUCAGUAUUACCUGCAAGUCAAAAAAGACGUGCUGGAGGGGCGAUUGCGGUGCACGCUGGAACAGGUGAUCCGGCUGGCCGGCUUAGCUGUGCAAGCUGAUUUUGGAGACUAUAACCAGUUUGAUUCUCAAGAUUUCCUCAGAGAAUAUGUGCUAUUUCCUAUGGAUUUGGCCCUGGAAGAAGCUGUUCUGGAGGAGCUGACACAGAAGGUGGCCCAAGAGCACAAAGCCCACAGUGGAAUCCUGCCAGCCGAGGCGGAGCUUCUGUACAUCAACGAAGUGGAGCGCCUGGAUGGAUUCGGACAGGAAAUCUUCCCCGUGAAGGACAAUCAUGGAAACAGUGUGCACCUGGGCAUUUUCUUUAUGGGGAUUUUCGUGAGAAACAGAAUUGGAAGACAAGCUGUAAUACACAGGUGGAACGACAUGGGGAAUAUCACUCAUAACAAGUCGACCAUUCUGGUGGAGCUCAUCAACAAGGAAGAGACUGUGCUCUUCCACACGGAUGAUAUUGAAAAUGCCAAGUAUAUCUCUCGGUUGUUUGCUACACGGCACAAGUUUUACAAACAAAACAAAAUCUGCACUGAACAAUCAAAUUCUCCACCCCCCAUCAGACGCCAGCCCACCUGGAGCCGAUCCUCUCUGCCCCGGCAGCAGCCGUACAUCUUGCCUCCCAUGCACCUCCAGUGUGGCGAACACUACUCGGAAACACACACUUCGCAAGACAGCAUUUUCCAUGGGAACGAAGAUGCCUUCUACGGCAACUCCCACAACAGCCUGGACUUAAAUUAUUUAAACGGCACCAUCACCAAUGGCAGCGUGUGCAGCGUCCACAGCAUCAACUCCCUGAACUGCUCCCAGAGCUUCAUCCAGGCGUCGCCCGUCUCCUCCAACCUCAGCAUCCCCGGGAGUGACAUCAUGCGGGCCGACUACAUCCCUAGCCACCGGCACAGCGCCAUCAUCGUGCCGUCGUACCGGCCGACCCCCGAUUACGACACGGUCAUGCGCCAGAUGAAGAGGGGGGUCGUGCACACGGACAGCCAGAGCCAGUCCCUGCGGAACCUCAACAUCCUCAACACGCAUGCCUACAACCAGCCAGAGGACCUGGUGUACAGCCAGCCCGAGAUGCGGGAGAGGCACCCCUACACGGUCCCUUAUGGGCCACAGGGGGGCUACGGCAGCAAACUGGUGGGUCCGUCCGACCAGAUAAACCCAAAGAAUAACUCGGUGCCCAGCAAGCCGGGGGCCAGCGCCAUCUCCCACACGGUGAGCACCCCGGAGCUGGCCAACAUGCAGCUGCAGGGCACGCACGGCUACCACACGGCCCACAUGCUCAAAAACCAUCUCUUCAGGCCGCCGCCCCCCUCCCCGCGGCCCCGGCCCGCCACCAGCACCCCGGACCUGGCCAGCCACCGCCACAAGUAUGUCAGCGGCAGCAGCCCCGACCUGGUGACCCGCAAAGUGCAGCUGUCGGUGAAGACCUUCCAGGAGGACAGCGCCCCGGUGGUGCACCAGUCCCUGCAGGAGGUGAGCGAGCCGCUCACGGCCACCAAGCACCACGGCACGGUGAACAAGCGCCACAGCCUGGAGGUGAUGAGCAGCAUGGUGCGGGGCAUGGAGGCCAUGACGCUCAAGUCCCUCAAUAUCCCCAUGGCCCGCCGCAACACGCUCCGGGAGCAGGGGCCCCCCAAGGAGGUGCCCGGGGGCCACGAGGUCCCCCAGCUGCCCCAGUAUCACCACAAGAAGACCUUCUCGGACGCCACGAUGCUGAUCCACAGCAGUGAGAGCGAGGAGGAGGAGGAGCCCGCCGCCCCGGCGCCCCGGAUCCCCGGGCUGCGCGACAACAUGGAGUACAGCGCCCAGCUGCAGGCGGCCUUAGCGCGGAUCCCCAAGAAGCCCCCGCCCGAGUACCCCGGCCCCAGGAAGAGUGUCAGCAACGGGGCGCUGAGGCAAGACCAGGUCAGCGUGCCCCCGGCCAUCGCCAGAGCCCGGGUGCUGAGGCACGGGCCGGCCAAGGCCGUCAGCGUCUCCCGAGCCGACCAGCUGGCCGUCAACGGGUCCUCCCUCGGGCCGUCCAUCUCGGAGCCCGACCUGACGAGCGUGAAGGAGCGGGUCAAGAAGGAGCCCGUGAAGGAGAGGCCGGUGUCCGAAAUGUUUUCCCUGGAGGACAGCAUUAUAGAAAGAGAGAUGAUGAUCCGGAAUCUGGAGAAGCAGAAGAUGGCAGGCCUGGAGGCGCAGAAGCGGCCUCUGAUGUUGGCAGCGUUGAAUGGCCUCUCGGUGGCGCGGGUCUCGGGGCGGGAAGACGGCCGUGUUGAUGGCACCCGGAUUCUCAUGGACGAGAGGUUCAGGACCCUGAAGAAGAAGCUGGAGGAGGGCAUGGUGUUCACAGAAUACGAGCAAAUCCCAAAGAAAAAAGCCAAUGGCAUUUUCAGCACGGCGGCGCUGCCAGAAAAUGCCGAGCGCAGCCGCAUCCGCGAGGUGGUCCCCUACGAGGAGAAUCGCGUGGAGCUGAUACCGACCAAAGAAAACAACACGGGUUACAUUAACGCCUCCCAUAUCAAGGUGGUGGUUGGCGGGGCCGAAUGGCACUACAUCGCCACGCAGGGGCCCCUGCCGCACACGUGCCAUGACUUCUGGCAGAUGGUGUGGGAGCAGGGAGCCAAUGUGAUCGCCAUGGUCACUGCGGAGGAGGAGGGCGGACGCACCAAGAGCCACCGAUACUGGCCCAAGCUGGGUUCCAAGCACAGCUCAGCCACCUAUGGCAAGUUCAAGGUCACCACGAAGUUCCGAACGGAUUCUGGUUGCUAUGCAACCACCGGCUUGAAGGUCAAGCACCUUUUGUCUGGACAGGAACGGACGGUGUGGCAUUUGCAGUAUACUGACUGGCCAGAUCACGGCUGCCCAGAGGAUGUCCAAGGAUUUCUGUCCUACUUGGAGGAGAUCCAGUCGGUGCGCCGGCACACCAACAGCAUGCUGGAGGGCACCCAGAGCCGGCACCCGCCCAUCGUGGUCCACUGCACCGCGGGCGUGGGCCGCACCGGCGUGGUCAUCCUCUCCGAGCUGAUGAUCUACUGCCUGGAGCACAAUGAGAAGGUGGAAGUGCCCAUGAUGCUGCGGCUCCUCCGGGAGCAGAGGAUGUUCAUGAUCCAGACCAUCGCUCAGUACAAGUUUGUCUACCAGGUCCUCAUCCAGUUCCUCCAAAACUCCAGACUCAUUUAACCCCCGGCCCCAGCCCCUGGAAGAGGGACCCAGCUCCAUCUUGCAGAUGGGGAGGCACCUCCACACAAAGCCUGCUCCCCCAGCAGGGCCCGGGUGGCUGGAGCCGGCAGGACACGGGCUCCCUCGUCACGGGAGCCAAGAUUCUUCAUCAACAUCAUAUAUUAUUUUAUAUGAGAUAAUUUAUUUUUUCCCCCUUUGGAAUAACUUGUGUGAAUCAUUGUAAUUGCAGUUUUCACAGUAAUGUAGUGCUUUUCAUUUGAACCACA